AUGGAUGAAGAGGAGCGCUUUUCUGGAAGCUCGCCCGAGUCCGAGCGAGAAAUCGAGCCCGAUGAAGUCCUGGAGGACGAGCCUGCAGAGCCUGACAACGACGACAACAAUGACGACAACAACGACGAAGAUGACGACGACGGCGACCAAGACGACUCCAACAAUGCUGGCACACAAAUCAAUGGCAAUCAAGGGCCGAUGCGAAAAACUUCGAGUAGUCCUCGUCCCCAGUUUCCCUCCUUGAUGCGGCCGACAGUCCGACCUGAGUACGUCACUGCGCGCCUUUACGACAUUGUGCCAACCAUGGCCGCGCCUCAGUCGACAAGCGUCAACGCGAUGGCAAUCACACCAGACCUGAGAUACUGGUUCACCGGCGGCUCAGACGGCUAUAUCCGAAAAUACGACGGCCCGGGCACCAUCAACGGCAAGUUAGCGCUGACGGUCGCGCAAAGGCACCCCUUUGUUGACAGUGUCACGAAAGCCGGCAUUCUGAUGUCAUACUGGGAAAACGAAGAGCCUUCACCGCCUGGAACUGCUAGUCACGAGCAAAUUCUGUCGCCGGUAUACUCGCUAGCGGUCGAAUCCACGGCCCUGUGGCUGCUGUCGGGUCUGGACUCGGGGGCCAUCAACCUGCAGAGCGUGCGGCACGACGAGGGCAAGAAAAUAUGCAGCCUGCAACGCCACACCAACGCGGUCAGCGUGCUCACCAUGGCGCCGGACGAGAAGACAGUGCUGAGCGGCAGCUGGGACAAAACGAUAUUCGACUGGGAUCUCAACACGGGGCAGACGAUUCGUGGAUUUACCGGUACUGCAGGUCAAAUCUCCGCGGUUGAGCUGCGACCCGAAUGCGGAGACCCAGUGCCCGCGGAUGCGGACGAGCCGCCGCCGCACACGACAAUGACAACGAAUAGCGGCGCACCGUACACGAAUGGCUACUUUGCGAGCACGAAUGGCGUGGACGAACCGAAGGAGGAGUCGCAAGGAAUUGAGGCCGGUCAAGAAGCGGCUGCUUCUCCAGCACACGAGAGCUUAUUCGGUGGUAGUGAUGCAGGCAGCCUAUUUGGAGAGACGGCGGGCGAGCAACCUUUCGGGCAGGACGACGACGAGUACGGCGGCGGAAUGGGCAUGAUGACAGGCCAAGAGGGAGGCAUGGAUCACUCCGCCGACAUGGCCAUGGCGGGUAUGGACAUGGAAAAGGAUCAGCCAGUAGAGAAAUCCACUGGGCCUGAACAGCCUGCGCCGGAGGGCGAUGCCAUGGAUGUCGACACUCAGGCUCCGAAGCAGGAAGAUGAUCAACAGCCCAAGACGGAGCCCUCCCAAGAGCCCGUCCCGACUAGCUCAGCACCCAGGCCGGAAGAUGCCGGCGCGACGCAGCCCACGCAAUCUGACACGCUUCCAGGCACUGAGCCUGCCAUCGACUCGACGCCCAAAUCACCCAUCAUUGUUUCAGACGCGGCCGCCGGCAAGCAGCGCGACCAGUCGCAAACGUCCACCACGACGUUUCUCUCAUCGGCCAUGGACGGCACGAUUCGCAUCUGGGACCGUCGCGUGCCGAACCCGGUGGCGCGCAUCAGCCCCCGCGCGGGUGUGCCCCCUUGGUGCAUGAGCGCGUGCUGGAGUCCAGAUGGCAACAUGAUUUACGCAGGCCGCCGUAACGGCACCGUGGAGGAGUAUGAUGUGCACAAGGCCAGGAGGGGCUGGGAGCCGGAGCGUGUGCUCAAGUUCCCAGGAGGAAGCGGCGCGGUCAGCGCGGUGAAGCCAAUGGUGAAUGGACGGCAUCUCAUCUGCGCCUCGCACGAUAUCAUGCGUCUGUACGAUUUACAAGACCGCCGAGCAUUUAAGCACUCGACGGUGCCGUUUCUAAUCAUUCCCGGCCCGCCCCGCGCGGGAGUCAUUUCCAGCUUGUAUAUCGAUCCGACGAGCCGUUUCAUGCUGAGCGCCGCGGGUACGAGAGGCUGGAACGGCACGAGCACAGAAGUGCUGGUUGGAUAUGAGAUUAGUGUGACGAGUGGUUAA